UGGUCCCGGAGAGGAAGCGGCAGCAGAGGCAGUCAUGGCGGCGCGGUGUGCGGGAAGGGCUCUGAGCAGAGCGGCUCGUUCUGUUAUUAAUGCAGAGUAUAAUAGAGCCGCGCGCUCACAGACCGUCCAGCGGCUCACCUGCACCGCAGCACCCGGCAGCAGCAGCAGCGGGCAGGAUGCUGAUCGUCUCAAAGCAGUCCAGUUUGCAGAUGCUGAAGUUCAGGACAUUUUGAACAGAAUCACAGGUUUGGACCUAAAUAAAGUGUUUCAGCCUGUUAAACAGGAGCUGAAACCACCGAAGUACAGACUCCUAACUGACACUCAAUUGGAAGAGGCAGCACAUAAGGCUGGGACACAGGCCAAGAAGUUGCUAAAGAUGCCCCCAGUAUUACCUGAGAGGAAGCCAAUUGAGGAAGUUUUGUGUGAGGAUAAGAUGCUUGAGGGAAUGGACAAGGCCAAAUAUGUCUUCACAGACAUAACUUACAACAUCCCACACAGAGAGAGGUUUAUUGUUGUAAGGGAGCCGAGUGGAACAUUAAGGAAAGCGUCGUGGGAAGAGAGAGACAGACUCCUUCAGGUUUACUUCCCCAAAAAUGAACGCAAGCUCACGCCGCCACCUAUGUUUAAGGAAGAAAACCUCAAAGUCAUGUUUGGACAGAACAGACAUCAUGCAGUUCUGAAUUACUGCCUAGUCCAGUUUGAACCAGACUCUGCAGAAUUUAAGAGGGUGCAUGCAUUGACCUAUGAGGACAUUGAAAAGAAUGGAAAAUAUAACUUGCUGUGGUCUACACGCUUAUUUGGUGGACUUGUCUGGCACUUGAUCAGUAGCCAAAGAAUAGAUGGCCUGCUGUCAGAUAUGCUGCAGAGAGAUCGGGUACAUGAUGCAGAGAGUUUGGUGCAUCUGUUUAAUCUGGCCCAUCCUCAGAGUGACUCUGCCCUGCAAGCUCAGCAACAACAAGCCAGUGGCCUGGAGCUUCUAAAGAUCUACGCUGAUUGCGAGUGUCAGAGACCUGGAUUCAUCAAGCUUGCAUUACAGGUUUAUGAACAGACAAAGACGCAGAGUUCUGCCUGAAUACAAACUGACUCACAUCCAGAUCUCCGGGGUGUUUUCUUACUGUGUUUAGUGUGAAGUAAGAACAGCCCUCUCAUUAUUACAUGACUUAGAUGCUUAAAAGUCAGCUGAUGAAUAAUUUGCAUGACUGUAUUGCUGUAAAUGAAUAAACACUAUAUGUUUCCAGCCAUAUAA